UGCUUUUUCGGGGAUCCCCAAAAGGUGGCAAGGCCUUCCCCGCGGCCAGCGCCCCCGCCGCCAUGGCCGCGGCGCACUCGCGGCCGCCUUGGCGGCUGAAGCUGCGGGGCCUCGAUGGCACGGAGCUGUGCCUCCAGGCGGCGCCGGAGAUGUUGGGCCGAGAGCUGCUGCGCCUGGCGAGGUCACAGCUUCCAGCCAAGCCCGGCGGAGUGCUGCACUUGAGCUUCGGCAGCGCCCAGGUCGUGCCCAACAAGACCCUGCAGCAGCUGGGUCUCGACAAAAUCGAUUCCUCCGGGUGCUUCACCUACACGCGGGUGAACUUGUUGGAUGCCUGGCUUGCCUUGCAGGGAUUCAAAGUGAAUGCCGAAGCCCUAGAGGGUGUCACCGAGCUGAGCUUCAAUCGCGAGUUUCGACGUCCUUUGCAGGGCCUAACUUUUCCCGGCAGCCUGCGGAACUUGACUUUCAGCGUAGAGUUCAACCAAAGGCUGCAGGGGGUGGAUUUGCCAGAAAGCCUGCAGAGCCUGACUUUUGGUCAUUGCUUCAAUCAACCCUUGGACGGGGUGACUUUGCCGAAAUUCUUACGCAGCCUAACGUUUGGCGAGACUUUUGACCAAUGCUUGCAGGCAGUCGAGCUGCCAAGAAGCUUACAAAGUCUGAAAUUUGGCGAAAGCUUCAGCCAAAGUUUGCACGACUUGUCUUUGCCCAAGAGUUUGGAAAGCCUGACUUUGGGCGGAAGGUUCAACGAUCGUUUGCAUGACGCAUGGCCAGACAGAUUUCACUGGCUCUCUUCCAUUCCAUGGCUGGGCAGAAGCUUACUGGGAGUUAGCCUGCCGAGUAGUUUGAAGAGCCUAACGUUUGGCGUUGAGUUCAACCAAAGCUUACAAGGAGUGACUUUGCCCGGCAGCCUGCAGAGCCUGACCUUCGGCUUUUUCUUUAAUCAGAGUUUGCUGGGCGUGGAUUUGCCCAACGCGUUGCAGAGCCUAGCUUUCGGCGUGGAGUUUAACCAAAGCCUGCAGGGCGUCAGUUGGCCGCAAAGCCUUGUACGCCUGACCUUGGGCUUUGCCUUCAACCAAAGCUUAGAAGGUGUGGCCUUGCCGAGAUCUUUGGAGAGCCUUACUUUUGGCGACAGCUUCAACCAAUCUCUGCAUAUUGUCGACCUGCCCAGCUUGCGGAGCCUGACAUUUGGGGAUAGCUUUAGCCAAAGCUUGAACAAUUUGCCGGUGCCCAGCUUGGAGAGCCUGAGUUUGGGCGCAAAGUGCAACCAGAAGCUGAAGGGAGUGACUUUGCCCAGCUUGCAGAGCCUGACUUUGGGCUCAGAGUUCAUCCAGUUUCGCGGAGUCGCUUGGCCCUGUCUGCAAAGCCUCACCUUGGGCGAUGCCUUUAAUCAGAGCUUGUCGGGAAUGGCACUGCCAAGCAGUUUGCGUUUUCUGACUUUCGGCUUCGCCUUCAAUCAGAAGUUGAGGGGAGUUGCUUUGCCAAGCGGCUUGCAAAGCUUGACUUUGGGCAGCAGAUUUGACCAAAGCUUGCAAGAGGUCCAGUUUCCGACCACCUUGCAGCGCCUGUCCUUCGGGGACUCCUUCAACAAGCCUCUGCAGGGGGUGGCGUUUCCGAACAGCUUGCAGAGCUUGACUUUUGGCUGGAAGUUCAACAGAAGCUUGGAGGGCGUGAAACUGCCAGGCAGCUUACAGAGCCUGGUCUUUGGCGGGAGGUUUAACCAAAGCUUACAAGGAUUGAUACUGCCAAGCAGCUUGCGAACCUUGACUUUGGGGCAACAUUUCAACAACAGCUUGCAGGACAUAUCUUGGCCACCCGAGCUGCAGAACUUAACCUUGGGCAAGUUCUUCAACUACAUGACGCAAAUGCAGCUGCCAGACAGUCUGCAGAGCCUCACGAUUUUCUCGUAUACAGGAACCGCGCAGCAGUUGACGUUGCCAGGCAACUUGCUCCUAUUGCGUAUCGCAGCCUUCACCGUGUCUGCGGAGGACUGCUAAGCGGUUCUGCGAGAUGUCUCUGCGAAUCUGGCUUGGCUUUCGCUUGUGCUCAUCACACCUUCCGUUUGCUCAACAUAGUUUGCUUCUAGUUUCGAGUUGGCCA